ACGACAGCAGACGAGUGAAACCGAAGUGACUCGGCCUGAGAGAUUUGACGUCUCCUUACGCACUGGGGAGCUUCCAAUCAUGAGUAAGAGAGGAGAACGUGCCGGUAAAGUUGUACCACUCAUUAUAAUAGCACGGAGAUGCGGAGGAAGGCUUAACAUUAACUUUGACGACAAGAGGGAACCAGACUGGUGUACAGGAUACAAGCACGCGCAUCAUACAUAAGGGUUGUCCCGCUGACAUUUUCCUUCAGAGGUGUGUCACCAUAAAGACUAACAGACAGUUCAGUCUUACACGGCUUCAGUUGCUACUGUUUCCUUCUGCUUUUGAAUAUCAGAUUAAUCUUUGGAGCCACUAGGAUGGAGCGAAUGGAGGAUGAUAAGCCAAAGAAGAAGGUGACUUUUUACCUUCUCUACUGUGUUUCAACGGCUGUCAUCGGCUCUCUGCAGUUUGGAUACAACACUGGGGUCAUCAAUGCACCAGAGCAGAAACUGCGCAGGUUUUUUCAGAAUGUGUCCAUGGAGCGGUACGGGGAGCCCUUCACCCAGGGAACAAACACCAUGGUGUGGAGUUUUGCCGUCGCCAUCUUCAGUGUGGGAGGAAUGAUCGGGUCCUUCUCUGUUGGAGCAAUGGUUAACAAAUUUGGCAGGCGUAAAUCGAUGCUGCUGGCCAACAUCCUGGCUCUCCUCGGUGGCGGUCUGAUGGGGCUGUCGGUUGUGAGUCGAUCAUUUGAAAUCGUCAUUGUUGGUCGGUUGAUUAUUGGCGUGUUCUGUGGUUUGUGCACUGGUCUGACCCCCAUGUACGUUGGCGAGAUCACUCCCACCGCCGUCAGAGGAGCCUUUGGGACGCUGCAUCAGCUGGGUGUGGUGAUUGGCAUCCUUGUGGCACAGAUCUUCGGUCUGGAGUCUCUGCUUGGUUCAGACACUCUGUGGCCAUUAUUGCUCGCUCUGACCAUCCUGCCCGCUGUGCUGCAGACCAUCUUGCUGCCCUUCUGCCCUGAAAGCCCCCGAUACCUGCUGAUCAUCCUUAACCAGGAGGAAGAGGCCCGAAAAGCUUUGGUGCGUUUGCGAGGCUGUGAAGAUGUGAGCGAUGACAUUCAAGAGAUGAAGGAGGAAGGGAUGAAAAUGGCCAUGGAAAAGAAAGUAACCAUCCUUGAACUCUUCCGCUCCCAGAAUUAUCGUCAGCCCAUCAUUAUCGCCAUCAUCCUGCAGCUCUCUCAGCAGCUGUCUGGCAUCAAUGCUGUCUUCUACUACUCUACAGGUAUAUUUGCCACAGCUGGUGUAACUCAGCCCAUCUAUGCUACCAUAGGAGCUGGAGUCGUCAACACUGUGUUUACCGUCGUCUCUCUCUUCCUGGUUGAACGAGCUGGGCGCAGGACGUUGCACCUGAUUGGCUUGGCUGGAAUGGCUGUCUGUGCCCUCCUCAUGACCAUCUCUCUGUCUUUGGUGAAGGCCACACCAGGCCUGAGCUACUUGGCCAUAGUGGCUGUGUUUGGCUUCGUUGCCAGUUUUGAGAUGGGUCCUGGUCCCAUCCCAUGGUUCAUUGUGGCUGAGCUUUUCUCCCAGGGGCCCAGGCCUGCAGCUAUGGCUGUCUCUGGUUUCUCAAACUGGACCGCUAACUUCCUUGUGGGGCUUGGUUUCCCUAAACUGGAGGAACUGUGCGGCCCUUAUGUCUUCAUUAUUUUCAUGGUUCUCCUUAUCAUAUUCUUCAUCUUCACCUUUCUGCGAGUGCCUGAGACCAAAGGAAGGACCUUUGACGACAUUGCUCAGGGAUUUGCUUCCAGUGCUGGGAAAGCUGCCACAUCCCCGGACCCUGAGGCUAUGGUGGUCAGUCUGCCGGAGAAUAAAGAUGCUGCACCCAUGUCCCCGACAGAAAAGGUUCCCAUGGUGGAUCUUCCUCCAGAGAAGCAAUGAGUGAGGAAGAAAUAAAUAAGUGUACAACGCAGACAACAGGGUCCAAGCAUGUAGAAACUGUAAGGAGUGCUGUUUUGUAUCUCACAAAUGAUGCAAGAAAAGUGUGGUUGUUUAGAAAAGGUCGACUCAGUGUAUUAACAGAUUGUAGUUUUUUUAAUAUAGGUUUUAAGAAUGUCUUUUAAAUUAUAUAAAGUAUUUUUAAAAGGUUGCCCUGUUACAAAAUGCUUAAAAAUUCUCAGUAAUCCUACUUAAAACAUGGGUCAAACUUAACUGAAUUACUAGUACUUAAUAUUUGUUGACAUUCCUGGAGCCAGCUCCUCGCAAACUGCCAUAUAAGAGGAUCAACAUAUGUUCAGUGUUAAGUCCCCAGGUCCUCAGCUACCCCCAGUGUUUAAAGGUUGCAGGAUUUGGGGGGGGGGGGUUUAUGUAUUGAGGUCAAGCCUGAAAAGCCGGUUUUGGAGCCUUGGUAGUUUGACCCAAAAAAAACCUGACUCGCCGUCCUGUGUGCCUGUCUGAUGUGCCUUGCUGCUAAGGGGGAGGGAGCCAUUAUUCCUUACAUGGUGAAGAGGAGGUGCUGCCGAUUUAACAUGAAUAUAUUUAAGCAUGUAGAAGAGGAGAAAUAUUUAUUCUCAUCCUGUAUCAUGGCGUCCCAUGAGAGAAGAGCAUGUUUGCGUUUUAUGGUUGUGUGUUUGUGUUUUUUUUAAAUUAAUUCAGCAGCAUUUAUGAUGAUAAAUGAGUUACGAGGACAGUUUGUAAACUGGUACUGUCUACAUUCGUUAUGUUGUUGAUGAGAGAUUUACUGUAGGUAGCACUGCCUAGCCUUAACAGUAUUGUUUUAGGCUUUCUGCUCCUGAAAACACAACCUCACCUCUUGUUUUUAUGAUUUUUUUAAUAGGGUACAGCCAUAUUAUUUAAAAGAAAACUACUGAAUAUAGUACUAUUACAGCAGUUCAACACAGAAACUCAGGUAGUUGUAUUACACUGUACACUCUACUUCUGACUGUUACAGCAUAGAAAAUGCAUCGCUUCAACCCUGUCACUGAACCUGUUUUGACAUCAGUACAAAGCAGUACUUUUUAAAUAAAUAUCUUGCAAUCUAUAAGAUAGUGCCUCAUCAAAUCAAAGAUGCUUGCCAGUGUUUGACAGUCGCUUGAGGGAUGUAUGAAACACUCCUUUAUCUACUGAUAAUAACAUAACUGCAUAAAUGUCAGUCUAAAAAGAUAUCCAUGUGGAAUAGUAACACUAUAUGAAUUGUGUAUGCUUUCAUUGUUAACGCACAAAAUGUCUUUUCAUAUGCAUGUAUUUGUUUCUAAUUAUUUGGAUCAUGUGUAUAUAUUGUAAAAUCUUCUCUUACUGCCGCAUGAUCAACUAUUACACCACAGUUUACAUGCUUUUAAGUAUUACGCCAGUGUUUGUACAUCUGUAUCUUCCUCUGGAUGUUGUUGCACUCAUAAGGAAGCACUUUUCAAUAUUCAAGCUUUGCAGUUCUCUCAUUUGCACUUCUGCAGUCAGACUACUUUAAGUGAUUGCUAAUGCUGCGUGUGUGUGAUUGUUUCUUGUAAAUAUAUUGUAUGUGUUUCUGGUGUGCGCCUUAUUUUGGUUAUUCUGCUCUUUGCUGAUUUUUCUUGCACUCUUGCCAUAGUGAUGUCACAGUAGACAGAAGUGAGACGUGACACUGGCUGAGUGUGUGGGAGAGUCAGAGAAGACAUGACCUUUACUGUUUUUUUCUAUCAUGAUGUUUUAAGUUCACCUGCUGUAAUAACAUGAGUGACACUGUCUUUGAGAAACUAAAAAGGAAAUAAAAUGUGCCAUC